AUGGGUGAACCAUACAAGCAAUCCUCCCUCCCGCCGCCACGCCUCAAUCUGCCCGCCGACGCGUCCGACCUGCGCGCCGACGCGGGCGACCAGCGCGGCGACGCGGACGACCUGCGCGCCGACGCGGACGACCUGCGCGCCGCCGCGGACGGACAGUGCGCGGUCGCCGACGACCUACGCGCCGACGCGGACGGCCAGCGUGUGACCGCCGACGACCCACGCGCCGACACCGACGGCCAGCGCACGACCGCCGACGACCCGCGCGCUGACGCGGACGGCCAGCGCACGACCGCCGACGACCCGCGCACUGACGCGGACGGCCAGCGCGCGACCGCCGACGGCCUGCGCGCCGACGAGGACGGCCAGCUGGAUAUUCCCUUCGUUCCGUCGUGUUCCAAGAGGAGGGUGGACUCUAGCCAAUCGCCCCUUCCGCCCCCACCGGACCUGCUCCCGACGAGCCCGGACCUGAGCCCUAGUGUGAGGAUCUAG